UGUGUCCCAUUUGCAACGCCCCCCACUCGUGACCGCCCGAUGAACGCCGCUCGAUUGAAAUGUGGAGAUGCACCCGCCGCGGCCACCUCAACGGCGGUCGCGCCGCCGUCACCCGCUGUGUCCUCGCCAUCCAUUCUCUGCCCUCCGCCGAGCUCAGCAGCGUCUCCGCCCUCGAUCUCAACUCCUACACCGUGACUCCACCCAUCAAGCCCUGGCCCCAGCGCCUCUACCCGAAGCGCCUGGUCUCCAUGAUCACGCGCCAGCAAAACCUCGACCUUGCCCUCCAAAUCUUCGAUUAUGCCGGCAAAUACCACCCGGGCUUCUCCCACAAUUACGACACCUACCUCUCCAUCAUCCAACGCCUCUCUCGCGCCCGCGCCUUCGAGCCCAUGGAAUCUCUUCUCUCUCAGCUCCGAGCCUCCCGCAUCCCCUGCGGCGAGAACGUCUUCAUCUUCGUCAUCCGCAAUUACGGCCUCGCAGGCAAGCCCAGGUUGACACUCCAGACGUUCUUAUGCAUUGACAGUUUUGGUGUCCAGCGUUCCGUCAGAUCUUUGAACACUCUGCUCAACGCUCUGGUCCAAAACAAGCGCUUCGAUUUGGUCCACACGAUUUUCAAGAACUCCAAGACCAAAUUCGGGGUUGUCCCCAACGUGUUCACUUGCAACAUUCUGAUCAAAGCGCUUUGCAAGAAGAACGAUGUGGAGGUCGCGCUCAAGGUGUUGGACGAAAUGCCCUCCAUGGGUAUGAUUCCAAAUGUGGUCACUUACACCACCAUUCUGGGCGGGUACGUGUGUCGCGGAGAUAUGGAAGGUGCCAAGAGGGUGUUUUCCGAGAUUCUGGACCGGGGUUGGCUGCCCGAUGCCACUACCUACACCAUUCUGAUGGAUGGGUAUUGUAAGUUGGGGAGGUUGGUCGAUGCCAUCAAGGUUAUGGAUGAUAUGGAGGAAAAUGGAAUUGAACCCAACGAUGUGACUUAUGGGGUUAUGAUUGAAGCCUACUGCAAGGAGAAGAAGUCCGGUGAAGCGCUCAACUUGCUUGACGAUAUGCUCGAGAAGAAGUAUGUGCCAAGCUCGGUGCUUUGCUGUAAAGUAAUUGAUGUUUUGUGUGGGCAAGGGAAGGUAGACGAUGCCUAUGAACUAUGGAAGAGGCUUUUGCACAAGAACUGUAUGCCAGAUAAUGUCAUAUCGAGCACACUUAUAUAUUGGCUAUGUAAGGAAGGGAAUAUUUGGGAGGCCAAGAAGCUCUUUGACGAAUUUGAGAAAGGAUCUAUUCCCAGUGUGUUGACAUAUAACACACUUAUUGCCGGAAUGUGUGAGAGAGGCGAGUUGUGCGAGGCGGGGAAGCUAUGGGAUGACAUGGUUGAGAAAGGGCAUGUUCCAAAUGCUUUUACGUAUAACAUGUUAAUCAAAGGGUUCUGUGAGUUGGGUAAUGUGGACGAAGGUGUAAGAGUUUUCGAGGAGAUGGUGGAGAAAAGUUGCAUGCCGAAUCAAUCCACUUACUAUAUAUUGAUUGAGAGUCUCUAUAAUUGCGGAAGAGGAGAAGAAAUCUCCAGGAUUCUGUCAACCGCCAUUUCUUGUCAAGCACUCGAUAGUGAUGCUUGGGAGUUUUUAGUAGCGAAGUGUACCAGUAAUUUGGACAAGGGGGAAGGGCAUCUUGAAAGAGCCAUAUCGGAGAUUUCUACUUUUUGAUACCAGUCAACACAGAAUGUAAGCUAUAGACAUGCCAAAGUUUCUAGUGUAUAUAACUCUAGAGAAUUUAGAGCUGAUAAUUGCCGCUUGUCUUCGUGCAGGAGAAAACCGUGAUGCCAAGAAUGUAGGUCUGAUUGCUCAAGCUGCUUGGUUCCAGUGACUGCGUUACUGCUGUGACACAUGGAUAGCACCUUGGUUAAGCUUUGUAGUACUUUGUACACUACCAGCUUGCAGAGUGAUUUCAUUGUAAUUCAGAAAUGAAGUUUCCCACUUGGGGUUCCUGGGCUGCAUAUUUGGAGUGAUUGCCCAGACUUGCCCUGAUGCCUGCCUCUUUGACUGAUGGAGAGACAUUGAAGUGGUUGCCUUGAAUUUAUGGC